AUGAAGAUCGUCCCGGUCCCUUGCAGGAGUGACAACUACAGUACGCUACUUACCUAACCCGCGCGCCUUCGAUCUCUACACCCUUCAUCCCAACCGCAGCUGAGUGCCCCUCCCGUAAUCCUUGGUACGAUCCCCGCUGACGGUCUUGCCUCUCUCUCUCUCGCUCGCUCGCUGGCAACAGUGUACCUCCUCUCGGAUGGUACCUCCAACUCCGCCGCCGUCGUAGACCCUUACGACGUCGCCAAGCUCCACGACGCAGCCAAGAAAGAAGGCCUUCAAGUCGGUCAAUGGUUGUUGACGACCCAUCACCAUGCCGACCACAGUGGUACGUUUCGAUGUGGACAGCUCAAGUUGGGGUCGGUGAAAAGCGUGAGAGGCGGAUGAGGUGGGUGAGAGUAAGGUGUGUGUGUGAUUUUGUGGGCUGACGGUUGGGUUGGGUUCGGUGGGGGGGUUCCGGCAGGGGGUAACGACGAAUUCAUCCAGCUUCAUCCCGGCGUCACCGUCACGGGUGGGAGUGACAAGUCCCCUGGCGUCAACAAACUUGUGAGUACGAUCGAACAAGGUUCUUUUACUCUCUUCAAAAAAGAGCCGGCGCGAGAUGCUUGACCCCACCGAGUGAUGCAGUAGGAAAGAAAACUCAACUGAGCCCCCACCUCGUGGUUGACGAACCUUUCUGAUCAGUUGAAGCACCAAGAGACCUUCGAAAUCGGUACACUCAAAGUCACCGCGAUCCAUACCCCUUGCCACACCCAAGAUCACAUCUGCUACUACGUCGAGGACACCAAGUCCGACGAGAGGGCCGUCUUCACCGGGUCAGUCCCCGCGCACGGCCGAUCGAUCGAUCGAUCACAGCGUCCAGCGGGCCCAAUCGCUCGAGCUGAUAUGGAUAUGUCGUUCUGUGUACUCUGACAGUGAUACGCUCUUCGUUUCGGGUUGUGGUCGAUUCUUUGAGGGUACGGCGCAGGAGAUGCAUGAAGCGUUGAACAAGCGUUUGGCGCAAUUGCCGGACGAUACCAAGACUUAUGUCGGACACGAAUACACCAAGUCCAAGUCAGCUUUUUUUCCUUCAGAAACUGAACGAUUUUCUAAAAGUGGGGGUCUUCCCAUCUGACCGAUCCGAUUCCCCUAACCUACCGUCCUUCCCUUCGUAACAGCGUCGCCUUCUCCUCUCACGUCGACCCCGAGAACCCCGCGAUCAAGUCCCUUGUUGACUUUGCGAACAAAAAUGAGGUCACCACGGGUAAAUUCACCCUCGGCGACGAGAAGAAGCAUAACGUCUUUAUGAGGCUGGGCUCGCAGGCCGUCAAGGACAAGGCGAACAGUCAGGACGAGGUGACGUGCAUGCAGUGGUUGAGGGAGGCCAAGAAUAACUUUAGGGGUUGA